CACGCCGGAAAAGUGGAUGGCUGGAAGUUCAUCACGCUGAGCUGGCUGUUUUGGUGGAAGUGAGUGUCUGGAUCGACGAGGUUGGUAGUGCAAUCUUUUCACACGACAGGAGUUUUAGUUCACGACGGGAUUGAUUGCGAUAACUGGUGCUACGUCACCUAGCAAGUUAGCCAUCCAUCUUUUCCUAUUUCUGAACAACAUCGCUUUUAAGCGAGAGCGACCGAACUGCUCCUUCGACGCCAUGGACACCGCCAAUCAAGAUAUCAACCUGAACUCCCCCAACAAGGGCCUGGGAGGGAGCGAGGCCCUGGCCGACAUGUCUGCGGAGGGGGCGGUGGGGAACGCGGGCCACGUCCUCCCCCCUGGCCUCUCCGAGGAGGAGGCUGAGGAACUCCGGACUGAGCUCGUGAAGGUGGAGGAGGAGAUCAACACCCUGCGGCAGGUGCUGUUGGCCAAGGAGAAGCACGCCACCGAGCUGAAGAGGAAGCUGGGCCUGAGCCCUCUCAACGAGCUCAAGCAGAACAUCACCAAGGGCUGGCAGGAUGUCCAGACCUCCAACGCCUAUGUGAAAACCACUGAGAAACUGGGCCAGUGGAACGAGAAGCUUUCUGGCUCUCAGUUAUAUCUGUCUGCCUCCGCCACCCUGGAUGACAUAGCCCGCUCUGAAGCGUAUAAGAAGACUCAGGAAACUCUGUCCCAGGCGGGCCAGAAGACCACUGCAGCCCUGUCCACGGUGGGCACAGCCAUCAGCAGGAGACUGGGAGACAUGAGAAACUCGCAGACCUUCAAAUCCUUCGAGGACAGAGUUGGAAACCUGAAGUACAAGGUGGUCGGGGCCAGAGGGAACGGAGAUGUCGCCAACUCUCCAACCGAGGCCAACCCUGUUCAGGACAACGCCCCUUUCUGAAGCCCCGCCCCCCCACACGCCGCGCCUCCCUGGGACUGACUGUGUCAUCAUCUCAUCACCAAGUGACCCCUGACCCUUCACCCCUGACAUCACCACACUCCGCUCCCCCUUCUCCUCUCAGCUAGUUCUCUCUCCCCUCCAGGCAUAACCAGUACACCCCCAUACCUUACCCCCCCCCCCCCCCCCCCCCCACUUCACACCAGUGGAGAUCUCACAGGACUAGAUGGGUCUAAGCAGAGGUGGUAGUUUCUCUGAUGAGGAAGGUGCAUGUGUGUUGUCUCCCGGUCCUGUCAUAUCUCCUCUGGCUCCUCCCUCAGCCUUCUGCUGUCAGAGCACGGACCGUUCAUCUCAACUGUACAAAACAUCACCGCAGCAACCACACCUGGGGUCACUUUCUCCAUGCCACAGGUUGUAAAAAAAAAAAGACAAAUAAAAAAUAGUUUAAACCUUAACCAUUUUGUAUUAUAAACUAUUUUACACGGCUUUGCAUAAUGUUUUUACAUAACUUUUAUCUAUACGUAUAAAUAUAUAUGAAUAAAUAUAUUGUAAACAAUAUUGCCAGCUGGCAUUCAUCGGUAGGUAAGGGGACUGGAAAACUAAACAGAAAGCAAAACAACUUUAAAAUGGGAGAGAAAAGAAAGAAAAACACUAUUGAUUCUUGUUUCUACCUUCAGCAUAGUCUUCAGUUUGUUCAUUGUUGUUUAUUUUUUAUUUUUGACACGGAAUACAAUGUGAAGCAAUGCUUUGCUCUGGUGAAUGUGGAACUCUGAUCGGCCUUACUAUUCCUCUACUAAACAUUUUUGUUUCCUUCUGCUAGUAGAUAACAUGUUAGACUUGUGUUUUGUUUCAGUCUCGUGUUUUGUUUCAGUCUCUGAAGUUGAACUGGGGAGAAAUUCUUGUGUGAGGACACACAACAGGUGGUUCCUGUUCUGUUUAGGGUAAAUGUGUACUUUUCUGGUGCCACAUCUGAAGUGAAUAAUUGUCAAAUACAGACAUUCUGCUGCAGUUACAAAGAUUUGUUCCCAUGCCUCCAAUCCUGAACACACCCAACACAAAACACUCCCCACUUUAUUUCUACUACAUCCACUGCAACACACACACACAGUCAAUACUGUUGGUACCCUGUACACUUCCUCUUUUUACCUUGUGCACUUAUCCAGCCUACACAGUAGUAAUGACUGACUAUUAGAAACAGCCACCCGGCUGCAAAAGAAAAACGACAUAGAAAACGAAUCUGCGAGAGUCAGGUAGCACCGCCACUUUGUCCCUGGCUAUGAAGUUGUGUACAGUUGCCCUGCUUGGUGUCCUGCCCUGGGAAGGGGGUGGUUGUUUUUGCCAUUUGUGUGUCUUUUUCUUUUUAAAUCAACAACGUGUUUGUGUUGACCGUUAUGGUGGUGAAAGACUAGGUGAUGUAUUGAUUAGUUUUUUCCCUUUUUCUUCGGGUGCAGUUCAAAGUUUAUUUGUAUUUAAUUGCCAUAGGUGAAAUAUUGCCAAUAUUUGAUACCUGUUACAAUGCCUCUCUUCCUGUCCUUCCUCGAUGAAAUCCCUGACUUGUGCCAUUGCAAGAUGAAAAGACAGUUGUCAGUUUUUGCUUUUGUAGAGCUUACGAUAUGCUUUGGGGAGGAGGAAAUGCACAAUAUGGGGACACCAUGAAUGGAAUUUGUGAAACACGAUAUAAGGGCAUGGUUUUAUGUGCCAGCAAGCCUAUUCAUAAAAGUUGAUUGAUUACACCAUAUAGCUUAAUUAGGUUGUAAGCCUAGUAGUAGUAGUAAUAGUAGUAGUAGUAGAAGUAGUACUAGUAGUGUAUAUAAAGGGAGCAGACAGGAGAUAUUGGCAGACAAAUUAAAAUGUUUUAGUUUGUUGUAUAUGUUUGGGUAUCAAUAAAGCAUUCCUUUAAACAAA